CAUAGCAGCUUUAUUUUUAAUAGCAAAAUACUUAAAACGAUCCUAAUAUCUCUCAGUAGGAGAAGGUUUAAACUGCUAUAUACCACAGAAUACUACUUCUUAAUAAAAUGGAAUGAACUGUUGAUACAUACUACUUCAAUGCAUCUCAAAGGAAUUAUGUUCAGUGAAAAAGCCAAUCUGAAGAGGCCACAUGCUAUAUGAUCCCACUUAUAUGACACUGUGAAGGCAAAAUUGUAGCAGUGGACUACUUAGAUUAGCUGUUCCUGGGGUUAUGGGUGGGGAGGGAGUGACUACCAAGAGGCAGCAGGAGGAUUUUUGGGCAGUGGAGCUAUUCUUUGUCCCGAGUUUGUUGGUGGAUAUGAGUUAAAAUUCAUAAAACUGAAUACCAAAAUGUGUGGUGUAUGUAAAUUUAAAAUAUAUAAACUGUUCAGAUAUACAUUUUAAAAAUCAGUUCACACAAAAACGACCAAAAUGGCAUCCUCAUAAGCGCCUCUAUCUGGAAAACUGAAAUGGGAAGCAGCUCCUGGCCCUAUCCUGCCUUCCAGGGGGGCUACAUUUAUAUGGGGCUUUGCCAAAGCCCUCACCCCAGCUGCCACUCACAUUUCCCUCAUUUCAGCAGCUCCUGAAUCCCUGGGGUGGGUAAUCUUUGAGUUCUAUCCACUCCUUGAAACUGUAGAACCCAUUUUAGCGCAUCAGUGUCUCUGGGUCUCCACCUCUUGUCUCCCCAGUACUGGGUCUGCUGGUCCCUGUCUCUGUAUCUCUGUACAGAUCUGUCUCAGCCUCGAGUGCUCCUUUUCUCUGGGUCUCUCUCUUUUCCUGAGCCUGAGCUGGUCUCUUUCUUUUCUUGAGCCCAUGCUGGUCUUUCCCUUUCUUGAUCCUGGGCUGGUCUCCCUCCUUUCUUAAGCGUGAGCUGGUCUCUCCCUUUCCGUGUCCGACUCUGUACAUCUCUGUUUCGGGGACCCCAGGGCGUGUUGGUCUGCCCCCGAGCGUCUGUGGGCCUUCAUGCUUCUCUCCCUCCCGGUCUGCGCGUCUUUUUGUCUUUGUUUCUCUGUUUCUCACCGUCUUUGUUUCUCCGGGUCUCUGGCUGUCAGGGGUCUAUUAUUUACCCGCUUGUUUACUUCGUUGCCAUGGUGCCCAAAAUGACGCAGGCGCCGGAGUGGGCGGGACGCCGGGAGGCCACACUCGCGUCUGAUUGGCCAUGCGCACUGUCACCUGUCACGGCUCCCUUGCUCGCCCCCGUGCGCGGCACAGCCUCGCGGCAUUGUGGGAGUCGUAGUCCGCGGUGAGGCCCAGUGCGCAGGCGCAGUUUGCCGGCCGCCAUCGCGCACUGGGGCUCCGGGCGGCUGGGACCGGCCUGGGGUAGCUGCGCAGCAGGUCUGUGGGUUCUGGCACCACCUGAGCCCACUGGGCAUCUGGUCAUCCCUGGCACCUCUCCUUUGGAGCUACCUUGUCCCUGGCUAGACAGUCACAUUUUCCAGUGCCGUUUUGGAAAGAUGUUGCCUUUGGAGAAGGCGUUUGCCUCCCCCAGGAGCUCCCCAGCCCCCCCGGAUCUGCCCACGCCGGGGUCAGCAGCCGGAGUCCAGCAGGAAGAACCCGAGACCAUCCCUGAGAGGACCCCUGCUGACCUGGAGUUCUCCCGCCUGCGUUUCCGGGAAUUUGUCUACCAGGAGGCUGCCGGGCCCCACCAGACCCUGGCCCGGCUGCAUGAGCUGUGCCGCCAGUGGCUGAUGCCUGAGGCGCGCUCCAAGGAGCAGAUGCUGGAGCUGCUGGUGCUGGAGCAGUUCCUGGGCAUCCUGCCUGAUAAGGUCCGGCCCUGGGUGGUGGCACAGUACCCUGAGAGCUGCAAGAAGGCAGCCUCCCUGGUGGAGGGCCUCGCUGAUGUCCUGGAAGAGCCAGGGAUGCUGCUGGGCUCCCCUGCGGGCUCAUCCUCAAUUCUUAGCGAUGGAGUGUACGAGAGGCACAUGGACCCUUUGCUGCUACCAGGCGAGCUCGCGAGCCCCAGCCAGGCCCCUGGAGCUGGGGAGAUCCCGGCACCUUCUGAGACACCCUGGCUUUCUCCGGACCCCCUGUUUCUGGAACAGAGGAGGGUCAGAGAAGCAAAGACCGAAGAGGACAGCCCUGCCAACACCGAGCAGAAGCUGAAGUCCUUUCCAGAGGACCCUCAGCACCUGGGGGAGUGGGGCCACCUGGACCCUGCCGAGGAGAACCUGAAGAGCUACCGGAAGCUGCUCCUGUGGGGGUAUCAGCUUUCCCAGCCUGACGCUGCCUCCAGGCUGGACACUGAGGAACUCCGGUUGGUGGAAAGAGAUCCACAAGGAAGCGGCCUCCCAGAAGGCGGGAGGCGGCAGGAGAGCGCUGGGUGCGCCUGCGAGGAGGCCGCCCCCGCGGGGGUGCUGCCUGAGCUGCCUACGGAGGCGCCCCCUGGGGACGCCCUUGCCGAUCCCCCGUCGGGCACCACUGAGGAGGAGGAAGAGCAGCCUGGGAAGGCCCCGGACCCGCAGGACCCCCAAGACGCGGAGUCCGACUCUGCCACCGGAUCGCAGAGGCAGUCCGUCAUCCAGCAGCCUGCCCCGGACAGGGACACGGCGAAACUGGGAACCAAGAGGCCGCACCCCGAGGAUGGGGACGGGCAGAGCCUCGAGGGCGUCUCUAGCGCUGGCGACAGCGCAGGGCUCGAGGCCGGGCAGGGCCCUGGGGCUGACGAGCCGGGCUUGUCCCGCGGGAAGCCCUAUGCCUGCGGCGAGUGCGGGGAGGCCUUCGCGUGGCUCUCGCACCUGAUGGAGCACCACAGCAGCCAUGGCGGCCGGAAGCGCUACGCCUGUCAGGGCUGCUGGAAGACCUUCCACUUCAGCCUGGCCCUAGCCGAGCACCAGAAGACCCACGAGAAGGAGAAAAGCUACGCGCUGGGGGGCGCCCGGGGCCCCCAACCGUCCACCCGCGAAGCCCAGGCGGGGGCUAGGGCGGGCGGUCCCCCAGAGAGCGUGGAGGGCGAGGCUCUCCCCGCACCCCCAGAGGCGCAGAGGUGAGCCGCUGUGCUGUCCCGUUCCGGAGGGGCCGCCUUGCCGGCCAUGAAUCCCAGACGAGGCAUUGGGCCUUUCCACGCCCCUGGGUGUCGGCUUCCUGUGGUGUUUGUGGACGUCCUCUGCCUGUGCCCUGAAUUCGCUCCUGAGGCUCAGCGCUCCCAACGAGAAGGGUCCACGGGAAGCCCUCACCUCUGUAAACACACCCUGGGCCAGCGCUCGCAUCCGAGGGGAGCCGCUGGAUGUGGAAGAAGACUCUGCUUUCCUGCAGCCAUUUAGUGCCGCCCCAUGCUAGGUUAUUUGACAUUGUGCAGUGUAGAGUUGCCUUAAAGUGCGUGAUCUGCCAGUGCUUUCUUCAAGUCACCCUUGCCCCGAUUCCUCCUGUUUGCGCUCCCCAGGGUUGCUCAAGUGGAAAUUUUGUCAGCUGUUUAGCCUUUUCGUACUUGGCGUGAUGUCAACUUCACUUCUAAUCUGCAAAAGCAGAAGCUGUUUUCUAGUUUACCUCACGUGUGUUUACCUAUAUGGAGUAGCUCGCAGAGAUCACAGAAACGCUUGCAGCCUAAGGCAGGGUUUUCAGACCGUGGGUCCCAGCCCAUUAGUAAAAUGGGAAAUCAAUUAGCAAGUGGCCACCAGCAUUACACAGCAAUGAAGCAGAAUAAAGUAGGCCAGAAUGCAUCAUGUAGUAAAGGCAAAUACUGUUUUGUGAAACUUUUCACCCAUACAUCUAAAUGUGAGAACUGGUUGCAAUGUAAGACAUUUCUUGCUGGGAAGUUGUGAUCAAAAUAAGUUGAAAACACUAAUAAAGAUCUGUCUGUCUGAGCAAAGGAGACUAAACUCCUUGGGCUACAUAA